UUGACUCGAAGUGCGUGAGAUCCCACAUUCUCCACCCUCCGCUUCCUACCCACACAGCUGUUCUGCUUCCUUACAGGUUGCCUCACCUGGUACCGUACCAAUUUCGCAUGAUGGAUCGUAGCCGCCCUGACUGUCAUUGGUGUUUGCAAAAUCCCAGCUUCAAGGCACGACGACUCUCAGACGUUGACCCUGGAACAUGAGAGCCACAAUGUGGACUAUGGAUCCUGGACUUUACGUUCUGUUUCUCCUCUUCCUCCUCCAGGUGGUCCCAGGUACAACAGCGGCUCGCCCUUGCGUCCCCAAAUUCGUGGGCGUCAAUGCCAUGGUGUGUGUCUGCAAUGCCACUUACUGUGAUACGCUGGAUCCUGUCUCCCUGCCACCGAUGGGGCACUACCUCAAGUACGAAAGCAGCAAGGCGGGCAAGCGCUUGGAGCUCAGCAAAGGGAAACUGAGGCCCAACUGCAGCGGAACAGGGCUCCAGUAUAAAUACAAUCCCUUCGUUCAGUACCAGCGUAUCAAAGGGUUUGGCGGAUCGCACACUGAUGCUGCUGCUAUUAACAUUAUGCGUCUCUCUCCGGGGGCUCAAGACAAACUGCUCCGGUCCUACUUCGCUGAAGAUGGGAUUGAGUACAACCUUCUGCGCUUGCCCAUGGGCUGUUCCGAUUUCUCCACACAUCCGUACAGUUACGACGACAACUGUCGGGACGACUGGGAGCUGAAAUGUUUCAAACUUGCACCGGAGGACACCGACCUCAGGAUCCCUCUCCUCCACCGCAUCAUGGCCUUAUCUAAGAGGCCCCUCUCCCUCGUCGCCAGCCCGUGGACUGGUCCUUCCUGGCUGAGGACCAGUAACGAAGUGGGGGGCAAAGCAAAGAUAAAGGGGGAAGCCGGGGACAGAUACCACAAGACCUGGGCCCGCUAUUUCAUCAGGUUCCUGGAUGAAUAUGCCUCAUGCAACGUCACCUUUUGGGCUAUCACAGCUCAGAAUGAGCCGGUGUUCUCUGCUUUCAUGGUCAUAGAGGACUUCCCCACCACUCUCUUCUCGGCCAAAGAGCAACGUGACUUCAUCAUCAAGGAUCUGGGCCCAGCGCUGACCUCCAGUCCCCACCGAGAUGUCCUGCUCAUUAUCCUAGAUGACUUGAGGAUCAACCUGCCCAAUUGGGCCAACGUGGUCAUUGGGAACAGCAGCGCUGCCCAAUAUGUGUCAGGCAUUGGACUCCAUUGGUACUUGGAUUCUGUGAUCCCUCCUGGUCUGACCAUAGAAGCCACGUACCGCCUUUACCCCAAUUACUUUAUACUUUACACAGAAUCUGCCAACGGCUUCCAAGCCUUUGAGAAGAAAGUGGAUCUGGGGAGCUGGAAACGGGGCACGCGAUAUAGCCGUAGCAUCCUGACGAGCCUGAACAAUUUUUGCACGGGUUGGAUCGACUGGAACUUGGCUCUGGAUAUGAUAGGAGGGCCCAAUUGGGUCGCAAACUUUGUGGACAGCCCCAUCAUUGUGGAUUCCCUCAAAGAUGAGUUCUACAAGCAGCCAAUGUUCUACCACUUGGCCCAUUUCAGCAAGUUUAUUCCCGAAGGCUCCGUCCGAGUCUCCCUGACCUGCAGUAGCCCGUUUAGCAGCUGCCAACUGCAGACCGCGGGCUUCCUCCGCCCAGAUGGCAUCGCCGUGGCCGUGGUGCUUAACGGGUGCUUCUUCGAUGUAGCUUUCAGCAUCUUAGACAACCGGUUUGGCUACAUCGAAGAUGUCGCUCAGGCCUACUCCAUCCAAACCUACUUGUGGAAGACGGGCUUAUGAGGCCGAACGGGAAGAUUUUGUCCCACUCUGGGGAAAGCCAGGGUCAUCCCACCAGGGCCGAGAGGGCAGCCUGGCUGGGAAGAAUGAACCUCUCUCCCCCUCUCUGGCCAAUGCCAUGCUAACAGAUGCAGGGAAAAUAGGGUUAUCUGGAGAAGUAACACUCAGGCCAAUAGAUGCUUUUGCACGUGUUCCGAAAGGCUAUCAUCUAUUUCCUUCCAUAGUUUGAACCCUUUAGCAUUAAAUAUGAACU